CUCUUUUCAUUGGCUGGCCACACCCUAUUUGGGAAUUUCGCCGCUCUCGGAAGGGGCUCAACCGUGGAUCCCUAAAUGGUGUGGUUUUCUGUCAAGCAACUUUCCACCUUCGCCUCGGUCUUUGCCUAAUUUUAUUCCUCUCUUACUCCUGAUUGUAUAUAACCUUUCAUCUCCCGCUGCCUCGUGCUCCUAUCCUCUCAGCAGUCAGGAUAGACCAGCACACAAGAUGAACUCAACAGAUAUUUUGCACUCGCAAGUAGUGCCACCUCAAGACAGCUAUUGGGUCCAAGUCGAAGAGAUCUCCAAGGCCCAUGUCUCCCUUAACUACGCCGAGCAGCUGUGGCUCGCCUGGUACACAUACAUGCAAAACGAUGUCCUCGCGACGGGAAUCAUGAGCUUCGUGAUGCACGAGGCCAUCUACUUCGGUCGAUCUUUACCUUGGAUCAUCAUCGAUCUGAUCCCAUACUUUAGACGCUGGAAGAUUCAAGCUAAUAAAAUUCCAACCGCGAAAGAACAGUGGCAAUGCGCUGCUCUUGUUUUCCUCAGUCACUUCACUGUUGAACUUCCUCAAAUAUGGCUUUUCCAUCCCACGGCUCAGUACUGGGGCUUGAGCACCACCGUCCCUUUUCCAUCCGUGCUCAAAAUGGCCUACCAAAUCUGCAUAUUCUUCGUCAUGGAAGAUGCCUGGCACUACUGGUCGCACCGCGCCAUGCACUGGGGCCCGCUCUACAAAUACAUCCACAAAAUUCACCAUCAAUACUCAGCACCCUUUGGUCUUGCCGCAGAAUACGCGUCGCCAAUCGAAGUCAUGUGUCUAGGUAUCGGCACGGUUGGCUCGCCCAUAUUGUGGUGCGCAAUCACUAAGGAUCUGCACAUUCUGACCAUGUAUGUGUGGAUUGUGUUCCGUCUGUUCCAGGCAAUCGACGCGCAUUCUGGUUAUGAGUUCCCUUGGAGUCUGCACCACUUUUUGCCAUUCUGGGCUGGCGCUGAGCAUCAUGAUGAGCAUCAUGAGCGGUUUAUUGGCAACUAUGCGAGUAGCUUCAGGUGGUGGGACUACGUCAUGGACACCGAGAGCGGACCCGAAGCGUCAAAGAGACGCCGCGAGCGCAAGAUCGCCAAGCAGCGUGCUAUGAAGAAGGUCCAGUAGAUUUCCCCCUGCAGGACUCGCCCAAUAGGGCAGGACUUGAUACUCUUGUUGGGAAUUUGACUUGGACCGGGUCACUGUUUCGGACGCCGACAGUGACCCCCGGAACAUUACCAAGGCGUGGAACCGGCUCAGGAACAGUACAGUACAUAUUUGCAUCGCGUGGCGUUUUUUGAGAGCUCUCUUCGUUAUAGAGCCCAGGAGGGUGUAGACUCUGAUUACUAGCCAGAACCGGUAUUGAUUAUGUACAUGGCGAGCAUACAUGCCGUAUCAGAAUAGCAUUAUAAUUAGACCUUCAACUUUCGAAUCAAGAAUUAAUACCUGCUUGUUUCUUCCUGACUCGGAUCAGAUCAGAUGAAAAAUCCA